AUGGCGAUAUUCAGUGUGUACGUUGUGAAUAAAGCUGGUGGCCUUAUUUAUCAGUAUGAUAACUAUGUUCCGAGAGCAGAGGUGGAGAAAACGUUUAGUUUUCCUUUGGAUUUAGUACUGAAAAUUCACGAUGAGAAGGUCGUCGUUUCAUUUGGUCAACGGGAUGGCAUCCGAGUUGGUCAUGCUGUCCUCUCUAUCAACGGCGUUGAUGUGAACGGCAAGUACACAGCGGAGGGUAAGGACAUUUUGGAGUACCUGAAGGAUUCAUCGAACUAUCCAGUUUCAAUUCGGUUUGGUCGGGCACGACUAACGUCUAAUGAAAAGCUGAUGCUUGCUUCAAUGUUUCACUCGCUAUUUGCUAUUGGUUCCCAGUUGUCGCCAGAGGUCGGCAGUUCUGGGAUUGAGAUGCUGGAGACUGAUAUGUUCAAACUGCAUUGCUUCCAGACACUCACAGGUAUAAAAUUUAUCGUAUUGGCGGAUCCUCGUCAGUCUGGUGUUGAUGGACUUUUAAGAAAGAUUUAUGAGAUCUACUCAGACUUCGCUCUCAAAAAUCCCUUCUAUUCCUUGGAGAUGCCAAUCAGGUGUGAACUGUUUGACCAGAAUCUGAAGAGUGCUUUGGAGAUAGCAGAGAAGGCUGGGACAUUUGGUCCUGGAUCCUGAGGAUGAACAGCUGUAUGUACACCACACCACCUCACGGGAUCUCCCUUCAGUGGCACGCUUUGUGAACCAGCCAUGUGUUUGUGAAAGUGACAGUUAACGUCCUCUGUUUUUUCACACUUCCAAAAUAAGACGUGGACCCCCCCCCCAACAAGAUGGCUUAAUGUCCCAGGUGGUAUUGUCAGCUGAUGUUGCUGGCAUGAAUUGUUUUUUUCUUUUUUUUUUUUGUUUAAAAGUUGUCAUUUAUAAAACUGGAUUGCAGAAAUUGAGUCGUUUCGUGACUCCACUGUAAAUACUCCUCAUUUUCAUGAAAACUCACUGAGAAUUUGUUUCUGUACAUAUUACACAAAAAUAAUAACACAUUUGCGUCUUUCCUGUACAUCUGUCAAUUGCUUUAUGGAAACUUAAGACUUUUUUUUUUUUUUAAUGUUUGGAGUUUAUUUAUAUUUACUGUGGGAUCCCACACCUGUCACAGUUGCAAAUGGAACUGUAAGACAUUGCUUUAUACACUAAGAAUAAAGUGUAAAUGCUGUUUCUAAA